AUGUGCUCACGGUUGGGUUGGCUCCCUCUUCUCACUGGCAAGAACCUCUCUGGCUACAUUCCCUCUGAGCUUGGCCUCCUUGGCUCGUUCAAACGGCUCAACCUCACCGGCAACAACUUCUCCAAGCCCAUCCCCUCCCGCCUCUUCAAUACGACCUCAGUCGUCUCUCUCGACCUCUCCCAAAACUUGCACGCUGAUUCGAUCUCGACCCAGAACAAGAACCUCCCCAACCUCGCCCACUCGGACCUGUCCUCAAACUCGCUCAAUGGGUCACUCUCCGAAGUGCUCACAGAGCUUGGGAGACUCUCCAAGAGACUGAACCUGUCAUACAACAUGUUCUCCGAAAAGUUCGCUGAGAGGUUGAAGAUGUGCGAACAAGGGCCAGCGAAACGUCAAGAGGCUACCGGAAACCCGCUGCAUGAGGGCUGGUUGAGCGCACCGGGAGAAGCCGAGAUCGUGGCCGGACCACCGUGCUGGGGCAGUGGGGAAGGCCUGGUGCAGCGGUGGAGUGGUAGCUGCAGCAAGGGACAGCAACUAUCGUGGAGAAGACGUUCUCGGCCGGUAUUUCUCUUGCCACCGUGCCUUUAUGAGUUCAAGAGAAAAUCGUGCGACUCGGUGCGCGGAGAACGAGCAGAAUUCGCAAAGGCACAGUCCCAAAGGUUUACUCGAAUUGGUAGGAUUGCAUGUGGCCCGACCUCUUGA